AGGCGUCCGUGGCGUCAUCACGUUUCGCCAUUUCCUGUGCACGCCGGGUCCGUUCCGAAAUCGUCCGCUGUUCUGGUUAAGAAGGCCAAAUAGCGACACCGCGUGAGAGACGUGAUGGCUGCCUCAUUGCGUUUACUAUACUCUGUGUCAAGGCCAGGCACUUUUGCAGCCAGCCAGAGUCUAGUCAGGCCUUUCAGUGUGUCUGCACAGCGAGGGGCAUUCAAGUAUGUGAAUGCUCAGGAGGUUCCCACAGACAUGAAGUCCAUCACAGACCGGGCUGCUCAGACGCUGCUGUGGACCGAGCUCUUCAGAGGUUUAGGCAUGACGAUGAGCUACCUGUUCCGAGAGCCAGCCACCAUCAACUACCCGUUCGAGAAGGGCCCGCUGUCGCCUCGCUUCAGAGGGGAACACGCCCUGCGCAGGUAUCCCUCAGGAGAAGAGCGCUGCAUUGCCUGCAAGCUGUGUGAGGCUAUCUGCCCUGCCCAAGCCAUCACCAUCGAAGCAGAGCCCCGCGCUGACGGCAGCAGGAGGACCACUCGCUACGACAUCGACAUGACCAAAUGCAUUUACUGUGGCUUCUGUCAGGAGGCCUGCCCUGUGGACGCCAUCGUAGAGGGUCCUAACUUUGAGUUCUCCACUGAGACCCACGAGGAGCUGCUCUACAACAAGGAGAAGCUGCUCAACAACGGAGACAAGUGGGAAGCAGAGAUUGCUGCCAACAUACAGGCUGAUUACCUCUACCGAUAGACAUCCCAGACACACACACAUGCACACGCACACACACACACACACACACUCUGUACAGAUAGCCCAUGCCAACAUCACCUCUGUGACAUAUGCACAUACGUCCAUACUGUACAUACUCAGAGAACAAACACGUACUUCCCUGCCUCAUCUCUGAUGCUCACACCGCUCUGCUUCCCUUCAGGCUGAUCUCGGCCUUUUAAUGGAGAGCAGUUCUUGGUCAGUGUCGUUGUUGUCCACCUCCGAUAUGAUGGAUAAAAUGCAGCUGGCUUGAUGAAAUAUUUAUUUUGAAACUGAUCAGUACUACACUGGUUGUCUAUGGGAAGCCCUUAACGUGUACCGAUUUUGAUAAGAUUCCACACUAGUGUGCAUGAACAUGUUAAUAUUAUUUUCCCGGGUUUCAGUGGAGUGUUUCAGUGUCCCUUGAUGGUCUAAAUGCUUUUCCACCCUGAUAAGAAUAAAAUUAUGGGGGAAACACUGAA